AUGCGUCUGUUUUUGACCUUGUGCUCCUUGGCUGCCGUGGCCUUGGCCAAGCCCCAAUAUAACUAUGGCACCGGAGUCUCCGGUACCUUUGGCAGCUCCGGUGGAAAUUUGGGCUCCAUUGCUGGUGGCAAUUUUGGCACCAGCUCCAUUAGCCGUGGUCCCAGCUUUGGCUCGGGAUCCAGUGGUUCAUCGUUUGGUGGCUCCGUGCCCUCAUUUGGCUCCUUGGGUGGUGGCAGCUCUAGCUUUAGUUCUGGCUCUCGUGGCAGCAGUGGUUCCUCCUUCAGCUCGGGUCCCUCCUUCAGUUCCGGUGGAUCUAGCUUUGGUUCCAGCGGCUCUUCCUUCGGCUCCAGUGGCUCUGUUGGUGGUGGUCAUGCCGGUUUUGAAGCUCCCUUGGUCCACAAACAAUUCAUCACGGUAUCCGCUCCCGAAGACAACCAAAACUUGGAAAUGACCAAACAUUUGGUUAUUGGUCGUCCCCAAAAGAAUUAUCGCGUUGUCUUCAUUAAGGCUCCCUCAUCGAGCAAUGCCAAUGUCAAGCUCUCCGCCGAAUAUGCUCCCCAAGAGGAGAAGACAGUCAUUUAUGUGCUCUCCAAGAACGAUAACAACUUGGAAGUCAGUGACAUCGCCACCCCAGCUCCCACAGUGCCCAGCAAGCCAGAAAUCUUCUUCAUCAAAUACAAAACCGAGGAAGAGGCCCAACAUGCCCAAAGACAAAUUCAAGGUAGGUUUCUCAACUACUACAAGAGACCUGAAUACGACAAAAUCGAAGGCAGCUCCGAACACACCGAUGCCGGCAUCGCCCCCCAACAAUCCGUUGUUGGUAUUCUGGGUGAUGGCGGCAAUGCUGGCAGCGGCAGCAUUGGUGGUAGCAUUGGCUCCUUUGGUUCCACUACCACCACUGGUGGUUCUUUCGGUAGCAGUGGUACUUCUUCCUCGGGUAGCAUUGGUUUUGGCACCACUGCUACUUCUGGCAGCAGCACCAGCGGCAACAAGGCUUCCGCCUAUUUGCCACCCACAACUGUUUAA